AUGCCCGCAACGAACUGGACCCCGUCUUCUUGGCAAAGCAAGCCGGCAGCACAGGAUGUCGUAUAUCCAGAUCCUGAACAUCUUUCAAGAGUAUUGGCGAAGAUAAAGCAGUUGCCGCCUCUUGUAACUCCCUCUGAGAUCGAACGACUUCGGCAUCAACUCAGUCUGGUCCAGCGCAAUGAAGCUUUCCUCUUACAUGCGGGUGACUGCGCAGAGAGCUUCGAUGCUUGCACACACGAAAACAUAUCCAACAAGAUCGGACUCAUCCUCUCUGUCUCGCUCAUCCUCAUCUGGGGUGCCCGACUACCAGUUGUCCGAAUAGGCCGUAUUGCUGGCCAGUACGCUAAACCGCGCAGCAGCGCGAUAGAGAAGAUUGGCGAUCGUGAAGUCCUCAGUUUCCGUGGCGACAACGUCAACGGCCUUUCGCCGGAUGACCGUACGCCUGACCCGGAACGCAUGCUGAGCGCCUACUUCCACUCCACGACAACGCUCAACUACAUCCGCGGCCUGCUGAGCUCGGGCUUUGCGUCUUUGGACCACCCGCGUGACUGGUCGCUCUCGCACGUGCGCUCUCCGGGGCUGCGCAAAGAGUUCGAGCGCAUCACGGAAGGCCUGCAGGACGCGCUCGGCUUCACGCGCACCAUUGGCCUUGGCUGGGAGAACACGCCAUACGAGAAGGGCGGCAGCCGGAGUGUGCUUGGCGAAGUCGAUUUCUACACCAGCCACGAGGGCCUGAUGCUCAACUUCGAGGAGGCAAUGACGCACGCGUUCACGCUCCCAGAUUCGAGCAAGCCGGAGAGCGAGGGCCCGAGGCCGACGGCGUUCUACAAUACGUCGGCGCAUUUCCUCUGGAUUGGAGACCGCACGCGACAGCUAAACGGAGCGCACGUCGAGUACUUCCGUGGAAUCAGGAAUCCGAUUGGGAUCAAGGUCGGUCCGAGCAUGCAGGACGAGGAGCUCAUUCGGCUCUUGGACAUCGUCAACCCAGAUAAGGAGAGCGGACGCGUGACGCUGAUCACCCGCUAUGGUGCUGCCAAGGUUGAGAAGCACCUUCCGGGGCAUAUCACCGCCGUGCAGCGGUCUGGACACCCGGUCAUCUGGAUCUGCGAUCCGAUGCAUGGCAACACGCUGACCUCGUCGACGGGCCUCAAGACGCGCCACUUCGGGACGAUUAUCAGUGAGCUGACGGCGUGCAUCCGUACGCACGCGGGCGUUGGCUCACGGCUCGGCGGCGUGAGCCUUGAGUUCACGGGCGAGCUCACCGAGGACGGGUUUAGCGUGACGGAGUGCCUCGGCGGGAGCAUGGGCCUCGCGGAGGAGGAGCUCGGGCUCCGGUACCAGAGCUUCUGCGAUCCGCGCCUCAACUUUGAGCAGUCGCUCGAUGUCGCGUUCCUCAUCUCAGACCACUUCAAGCGCGAGCGCCUCGGAAGGUAUCGUCUCGGCGACGACGUCCUCUUCGAGGAGCUUGGCGGGCGCAGCCCUGCGUGA